UCUUCGGGCGUUGACGAUUCGAUGCGCUUGAUGGAUUAAUAAAAUCGCUACGUGUAAACCAUUUUACUGAGCACUGGAACAGGUAGCUUGCUGGGAUGUAAUUAUGGAUAUAGGUCUGGAGAUAUCGGAAUAAAAUUUACCAUUAUGUAUUCAAGUAAUUAAUAAGGUAAUCACUGGCAUCAUCUGGGACGUGUCACGUGUUGGCAUAUAUUAUGGAUUUUGUUUAAGAAGUUUGAUUGGACGACUGAAACCAAUAGUCUCGUGUCUCAUGAAUUGAAGAUAGCGUUACAGGUAGUCUUUGAGUGGAUUGAUCCAAAGUCGGUGCUUGUUUACUAUUGUGCUGGACCAUUACAUCGUGUGAAAUCGUUUUGACACCGUGUGCAACUAUUUCACACAUUGCAGAAUGCAGAUAUAGUUGGUGACUGAAUCGAUGUAAUAUAUAGAUUUUGAAUAUAUGGAUUUUGUUAUUCUGUAGAUGAAACAAACAAAAAUGUUGAAUAUUGUUAAACAGAUUUUGGGCCAUAACUUAUCCAAGAUGGACGUGGAACCGGAGAACUACGACCCGCACACAACAACACACGAGGAGAUCACGUUACUGCAGCUUGCACUGUUCCUAUUAUGGAUUGGUGCCACUCUCUAUUACAUCUUCAGAUUCAGAAAGAGAGAAAAUGGUGAAAAUAUUGUGCAAUCGUUGGAUAUUGCUGAUGUUGAAAAAAUUGUGCAAAAUUCUGAUUCCUCCAAAAACCAUGAAAAAGCUAUAGACAUAGGUGGAGAAGAUAAACCAAAUUCUAGUGUACAGAAACCGAGUUCAGGACCGAUAACUCCAUCACUGAAUAGUUUCUUGCAACAUGUAUUUAUAUUUGGACUAGUUAUGGCGUAUUUUUAUUUGUCUGAUUAUAAAAAGAUCUUUCCAAUAUUACAUAAGGAAUAUAGUCGAGAUGUAUUUUUAUUCCUGGUAUUUCUGGUAUUUCUUAUCUCAUGUACGUUCUCCAUUAAACCAACAGCUGAUACAAUACUCGGCAGGGAUCAGACGGAGGAAUGGAAGGGUUGGAUGCAGAUAAUGUUCGUCUGGUAUCAUUAUUUUGCCGCCAAGGAGUGGUAUAACUGGAUUCGUGUCUAUAUUGCAUGUUAUGUUUGGAUGACAGGAUUUGGAAACUUCUCCUUCUUUUGGGUAAAGAAAGAUUUCUCCAUGUGGCGGAUGUUAAAGAUGUUGUUCCGGUUGAAUUUUUUGGUUAUAUUUGUGUGCAUAGUGACUAAAAACGAGUACAUUCUCUACUAUAUCUGUGCCAUGCAUACCUACUGGUUUUUCUCCGUCUAUUUCUUCAUGAGAAUUCUCUCCUCUUGGAACGAGCACAGAAUUAAGAUGGCGAUGAAGUUUGGCGCCUAUAUUGUCUUUAAUGCUUUGUUGUUCGAAAUACCCGGUGCCGUUGCGUUUGUUUUUAGACCCCUGUGGUUCAUAUUUCAAUAUCACGAUGGAAAACACGAUAUAAUGCAUGAAUGGCAGUUCCGGCUUGGAUUGGAUCAUUGGGCCUGUUUGAUUGGGAUGUUAUGUGCCUAUAAUUACCCUCACUUCGAAGCUCUAAUGAAGUAUUUGGAGGACGUUUCGUGCACUCCAUCCGAACUAUUACGAAAAAGGAUGAUACGAGUUGGGAUGAUUUUGACGUCAAUAGCCGUCUGUAUAAUUUGGUAUUUUACCAUUGCAAAGCAAGAUAAAUGGGACUACAACAAGCUUCAUCCAUAUACGUCAUUCAUGCCCAUAUUAGCUUAUAUAGUUUUGCGUAACUCAUUUCCUGUUUUACGCAGAUAUCACGUACAUAUAUUCGCUUGGUUAGGGAAGAUAACUCUGGAAACAUAUUUAUCUCAGUUGCACAUUUAUUUACAAUCGAACGCCAAGGAUCUAUUAGGAUAUUUUUUCUUAGAAUCUUCCAAUUAUCGUCUGCUCAAUUUUUCAUUUGCUACCAUUGUAUAUAUAGCCUUAUCUUACGUUUUAUUUAAAAUAACGAACAAUUUCAGUUCAUUCCUGAUACCAAAAGAUUUUAAACUUAUUUUUAGAUAUACAUGUAUUGGGGCCGCUAGUUUUAUGAUUUCAUUUACGUUGGCAGCCAUUUUGAAAUACAGUCAUAUUAUGUGAUUAUUUUACUACGGUACUGGUAUAUUCGAGACUUAGACUUGCUCCUCCAUUUUUAAAUUAAAUCAUCAAAUGGCAGAACCGUUCAAAUCUAGUUAAAAUCUCGAGAAUCGAGAGAUGAUUACAGUCUUGUCAUUUUAAUAAGUGUCUAAUUACUAAUUAUUUAUAUAACAUUUUAGACCGAAAGAAAGACCUGAAAUAAGCAAAUUUAGCCCUGGAAUAGUGUAUCCUUGAUCUUUAAAUAUAAUAUUUUAUAACAUAAUCAUACACCAGGGGCCUAUUUCACGAAAUCUUAACUAAGAUAAAAUCCAAAUUUUAGACUGAUUUUAGCGCUUAGCCAAUCAAAAUUGAAGUAUCUACUAAAAUUUGGAUUUUAUCUUUAGUUAAGAUUUCGCGAAACGGGGCCCCAGGUCCAAUUAAUUUGAUUACUUUAUUUUUACUUUAAAUCAAACAGAUUUAGCUUUUUUAACUGCUGAGCUUUGAAUAACCAAACUUCAGAAGAUGUUUAUUUACUUUCUUGUUUUUGUAUGUUUUAUCGCCCGUCUUCAUUAGACAAGUUCGGAGCAGAACAGUAGGACGUUAAACCCCAUUUCAUUUCAUUUAUAUUUUGUCGAGAUAUGAAAACAUACAUUGGCGCACUCAGGUUUUUAAAUUGUUGGUAAAUCAGUUUUAGUAUUUUAAAUUUACCCUCGGUCUACCACCCGUAGCUAAUUUGAGUAUGUUAUUAUUGUAGGACCUGCUAGGUCUGUCCUUGGUAAAUAUGAAGUUUUUAUUUUGUAUUUACUUCCUUAGCAGUUCUUUCUCCCACCCCACCCCUUUUGCAUAGGAAUUUUGAUUGACGUUUAGGUCUAGAAUCGAAAAGGAUAGUUUGAAUUUUCAUUUUCUGCCAGGUUUUGGUUGAUAUUCGUGAUUUUAGUGCAGAAGGACCAGGAAGUACAUGAAUUAUGGUGAUCGCCUACUAUAAUGACGUCAACUGCAUAUAGAUUCCUCUGACCAGGCCUAGCAAAAAAUCGACAAGGUCGACAACCCCUUCCAAAAUAAGUGUGACUUAUUGGACUCCGUAUGGUUGUAUAGUUUAAAAUAUUCGCAAUGUUAAAAGAAAAUGUUAUAGGACAAGAAAUGUCACGGAUUUAACAGUUAUCUAACAUUGGUAAAUACAAAGAGCUGCUACAUGUAUAUAACAUUGGGAAUUGUGAGUCUGCAAACUCCAAACUAGACUGUUACGUAGCUGUGUUAAAUUCAGAUCAUGUGAAUCUUCCAGUAAAGUAAUACGAUAGUGGCAAUAGUAGACAAUGGUAAUAAAAGCUCUACUGUCAUGCCAAACAAAAUCGGGUACAAUUCAUAAGGCAGGGGGUUAAUUUUUGCCUGAGCAAGAAGCAUAUUAAAUUAUAUCCAUUCCGUCGCACUACUCUUCUCUUAUAUAUUUCAACUGUUUUCUUUAUUUCAUGUGAAGAACUACAUAUUCGUUCGCUAUAUUAUAUUUUAUUUUAUUAAAUUAACAUUAUAUUCAUUAGGACAAUAUUUGAUGAAAACCCGAGUGCUUGUGUACACAUACUUUUGGGUUGGAAUUCGAAUUCGAAACGCUGCUGUACCAUGUCCUGUCAAAACUUUCUUCGGUGCACACUGUAUGACGCAUGUCCGUUUCUAGGGCCUUAAACUUUGCAUUACAAAAGUUAUCGAAGCAUCGAUAACUUUAAUAUCUUUGUUACAAUAAGUACAGAAAACAUGAUCGCUUCAUAAUAGUUGUAUGUUCAAAUUAGACAAAUUAUGUAUUGAACUUGAGUUCAAAUCAUAUCUAUUUUCGGUACUUAUUUACUAUUUACGGUACUAAUUAGUUUUUUAUUAAACUAUAUAGGAUUAAUAUCCCCUUAAAUCUUUUAGGUCUUUAUGGUACUAACGUUAUUUCAUCCGGGGUAUGUAAUGGUAUUAGAAAUGCUUUUUUAGCAUGUUUUAAAAUUUAGUUUUAAAGAUUUCAUAUUUUGUUUAUGUUUAAAAUUCAUUUUAUUAAUUGGCAUUUAACUUAAGGAAUGUUUGUAUUGUUUUGUAUGAAAUUAAAGUUGGAAUAUGAUUGAUAAGUAAAUAUGAAAGCAAAUUCUGAUCAAUAAUUUACGAGAGAUAUUUGUUAAAGUACAAUGGGGUAAAGUGGAUUCUGAGAAUAUAAAAAAUGUACACACUGGGUAAAAUAUUGGAAUAUACAUGAAUUUCAAUUAUAAUUUUUGUUGUAUAUUUUGGGAAACACACUUUAUAACAGAUAUCUGGAUCCUAUACUAACAAUCAACAAGAAUCGAUCAGUAAGGUAUGUUAGUAACAAUAUUACUACUUUAUCGUCUUCGCCGGUUCGUACAAAUUUAAAUUUUAGUAUACAUUUACACCACGAUUGUUCAAAUUUGGUUGUAUCCAUUUAUUCAAACAGUAGCGUAUAUAUUUUAAUUUUCAAUAUUCGAUUCGUUCAGGAAUCUUAACGAUAAAUGCUUUACUCCAAGUAAGCAAGUUUUCUAGUGUUGUUUUGAUUAUUUUAUACGAUAUAUGUGAUAAUGAUUCUUUGAAAAUUGUUUGAACGAUGAAACAUCCAAAAGAAACAUUAAGUGUGACUGAAUAGUGUUUAGAGUAGCUUAUUGUAUUUCAAUGAAGAAACUAUAACGUUGGUUGUUUAGUUUUGUUUUAAAUGUAUGAUACAUAUAUUUAUAUAUUGUUAUAUAUUUGAGGGAUUUAUAUAUUUAUAAAAAUGUGUUACAAUUUACAUAUUUUUACUGUUACCUAUUGUUAAAUAUUUGAGGGAUUUACAUAUUAAAAUAUGUGUUAAAUAUGUUAUUUAUUUGAUGG